AACGCCAAGGCAUAUAUCGCCCUUUGGAGCCAAAUGCGCAGUGUGGGAGGCAUUUAGCAGGAAAUUCGUUAUCCAUUGGCGUCCUUUGCUCGAGCAUUAACGACACUGUAAGCUGAAGAGGAAGAGAAACAUGAUGAUCUUGUUUUUGAUAUUCCUUGCUAUCUUCAUAGCCUUCUUCAUCAAGUUCCUCACUGCUGAUGGGGACUUUACAUUACUCUCCAAAGGGAAAGUCAAACGCGAAGAAAUCGAAGAUAAGGUUAUUUGGGUUACCGGAGCUAGUCGCGGAAUAGGGGAGAUUCUUGCCAAACAACUUGCAAGUUUAGGGGCAAAACUCAUUAUAUCUGCUAGAAAUGAAGCUGAGCUACAGCGGGUCAAGCAACAACUUACAGGAAAGUAUGCACCAAGAGAUGUGAUGAUUUUACCACUGGAUUUGACAUCCGGGGAGGAAAGUCUGAGAGUCGCUGUAGAGAAAGCUGAAUCAUUUUUUGAUGCAGCUGGAGUGGAUUAUAUGAUUCACAAUGCAGCCUAUGAGCGACCAAAAUCUACAGCACUGGAUGUGACAGAAGAAACUCUCAAGGCAACAUUAGAUGUGAAUGUUGUGGGCCCCAUAUCGCUGACGCGGAUGCUUGUACCUUACAUGCUGAAGCAGGGAAGAGGACAUCUGGUUGUGAUGAGCAGUGCAGCAGGAAAGACUCCUGCACCAGGUCAGGCAGUAUACUCAGCUUCCAAAUUUGCAGUAAAUGGGUAUUUCCACACCUUGCGUUCGGAGCUUUGUCGUAAAGGAAUCAAGGUCACGGUAGUUUGCCCAGGGCCUGUAGAAACUCCCAAUCCAAAAACUGGUUCAACUGAGCGGCGUGUAUCAUCAGAGAGGUGUGCGGAGCUGACAAUUAUCGCUGCUAGCCAUGGUAUCAAGGAAGCUUGGAUAUCUUAUCAGCCUGUGCUUGCUGUUAUGUAUUUGGUGCAGUAUAUGCCAACGGUUGGCUAUUGGCUUAUGGACAAGAUUGGUGCAAAACGUGUGGAAGCUGCUGCACAGAAAGGCAACACAUACUCCGUCAACUUGCUUUUUGACAAAAAGAAGGAAAGCUAGAUAGAAGUCAUGUUGGCAGUGAGAACCAUGUUUUCAGCGUUCUUUCUCCUUUUCCUCAACUAACUUAGAGAUCGUGGGAGUUAAUAACAAUCGUAGUCUUGUCAUAGCAUUUACACAUGAAAGUAACUUGCAGAAUUCCUAUAAAUGGUAUUCCCUCCGGUUCUUCUUAUGUCGUUUUAGCAAAAGAUUUGUCAUUCUAGAAAAUAAAGAAGACAUUAAUUA